AUGACCGGGGUGGAUCUGGAAAAGUGCAAACGGAUUGUCCAAUACUUUUGGGAUCCGGAACCCAAGAAUCACACAACACCAGCGGCUUCAAUAUGGUGCCUGGGCCAAGAAUACACCCCCGCACAGGCGACAAGAUCCUCAGACACGGAUCACGUAGAGGGCACGAAGAAGACCGCAGGGGCAGAAAAAGGACACGCCGCAGACAGUGCCUGGCCCGAGGCCUUUCUCGCUGACUUUGAGUCGCGGAUAUGGAUGACAUAUCGCUCUCAUUUCCCACCCAUCCCCCGCAGCACCAACCCCGAGGCGACAUCGUCGAUGACGCUGGGGGUGCGCCUGCGGAGCCAGCUCAUGGACUCUCAGGGCUUCACGUCCGACACAGGAUGGGGCUCAUGGCGACGAGGAAAGGAAAGCGAGGACGAAUCCAAACUGCUGGCCAUGUUUGCCGAUCACCCCGACGCCCCGUUCUCCAUCCAUCGAUUUGUCCAGUGCGGUGCUGAAUCCUGUGGCAAGUACCCGGGAGAAUGGUUUGGACCAUCGGCCACAGCCCGAUGCAUUCAAACUCUCUUAAGCUCACAAGACCCGCCACCGCUACGAGUAUAUGUGACCAAGGACACGUCCGACGUUUACGAGGACCAGUUUAUUCGGAUCGCUAGCGAUCAGAACGGAUCAAUACAACCGACCUUGAUUCUCAUGGGUGUUCGUUUGGGUAUCGAUCAGGUCACGUCCGUAUACUGGGACGGAUUGCAAGCUGCGCUGCAAUACCCACAGUCUGUGGGCAUCGCUGGUGGCCGUCCCUCCGCAUCCCACUAUUUCGUAGGAGCACAAGAUUCCCAUCUCUUCUUUUUGGAUCCACACUUCACCCGGCCCGCCCUACCAUAUCGGCCAGAGGGCGGAUACAGUGCGGAAGAGUCGGAUACGUGCCAUACCCGUCGACUGCGGCGCAUUCACAUCAAGGAUAUGGAUCCCAGCAUGCUGAUCGGGUUCCUGAUCCAAGAUGAUGCUGACUGGACCGAUUGGAAAAGUCGGCUGCAAUCCACGCCCGGCAAGCCCAUCAUUCACUUGACCACGGGGGAAGCGCCCGUCGACGCCGGUCAUGGCCGAAGAGAGGCGCUGAACGAGGUGGAGGUGCUGGAUGAUAGUGACUCCGGCUCCGCGGUACUGGUGUAA